AUGUCUACUCCAACCUUCACCAAGCCAUACCGUCCACUCACCUGGCUAAUCACCGCUGCUCCUCAGUCGCACGGCGGCCAAUGGCACGCCUUUGACGUUGACAAUCUUGCCGUCAUAGAGACCCUCGUGGAUAUUCUGGAGUCAUCAGAGCACAAGAUUGAUGUUCUGUACUGGUACCUCGCAUGCGCCAAGGCUGGCCAUGAGGCUGAGCGGCUUUUGCCGUUGGAUCGAGACAUGAUCCCGCGAGUUGGGCUCGUUCGCGACUGGUGUGCUCAUGCACAGAGGGUCGUCAGGGAUAUCGCGGGGAAUGUUUACGCCGAACAAUAG